AUGGAGCGGUUCGGCUCAGUGAUCAGCGUGGGUGACCCCUGGCAGUCGAUCAACUUCACCCAUCAGCCGCUCAACGUCACGAUGAUUCAUGACCCUCCGUUUACAUACGUGGAGGAGAACGCGUCCGGGGCGAUCAGCCAGCGCGGCUACCUGGUCGACCUGUGGAAGAUCGUGGCCGAGGAGCUGCAGCUGCGAUACACCCUGCAGCCGCCCCCGCGCGGCGGCUACGGCGCCCUGCUCGAGAACGGCACCUGGUCCGGCAUCAUCGGCCAGCUCGACGCCAAGCGGGCGGACGUCGGCCUGGGAUGGUUUACCUACCGCGAGGACCGGGCUGCCGUCGUCGACUUCGCGGACCUGGUGCCCGUGUUUACCGGUGACCUCCAGUUUCUGGUGCGCCGCGGCGCACGCACCACCCCGCGCCUCUCGUCCGAGAUGUUCGACUCACUGCUGCGGCCACUGCACUCCUCCGUCUGGCUGGUCUUGUUGCUCAGCCUGCUGGUGUUGGCCGCCGUGCUGUCCACCACUGUCGCUCUGAACCGGCGCCGCGCCGAGAGCGACGAGACCUGCCGCGAGUUCGGCCUGGGCUCCAGCGCGUUGGCCGCCUUCAUGGCGGUCACCGGCCAGGGCUGGGCGGUCACACCCGACUCGCUGGCCGCACGGAUCGCCACCAUGUCUGCCUGGAUGAUGAGUAUACUGGUGAGCACGACGUACACGGCGAACCUGAUCUCUCACCUGACAGUGGGGGAGCCCGAGAUGCCCAUCACCAGCCUGGCCGAGUUCCGCGCCAGCAGCGACUGGACGCUGGCCGUCGAGUUCGGCGUGGGAGCCAUGGGCGACUGGGCCAAGAGCUCGGACCCGAAUCUGUACCACCUGUACCAGCGGGCCGUCACCGGCGACCGCUACCUGGCCAUGGGCGGCAACGAGGACAACAUCCGUCGGGCGGCCGGGCCCAAGACGCUGAUGUACUACAACCGCGAGAUCGCCUUCUCGGUGAUCGGCCGCGAGACGUGCGAACUGCUGCCGCUGGAGCCGGACACCGACCACAGGGGCGUGCGCAACUACCUGGUGCUCCGGAAGGGCAUCCGGCCGCUCAAGAAGGCCAUGGACCGCGUCCUGCAGCGUCUGAUGCAGGCCGGCACGCUGGACCACCUGAAGCGCCGCUGGUUCGGCGUGGCCGACCAGCAGUGCUCCGAUGACGUCACGUUCCGGCCGCUGACGCUGGCCGACUUGCUGGCCGUGCUGGUGAUCACGCCGCUGGCCGCCGCCCGCGCCCGCAGUGAGCCCAGCGUGGGGUACGGCGCACGGAGGGCCGCCACGGGGACCGCUUACCUGGCCUGGGAGCGGCGGGACGGCCAGUGGUACCGCUAG